AGUGGUGCAGAAGAUAUAUUCAUUGCAAAUAUCUUUCUUCAAUCAAAUUAACAAGAAAGAAAAAAAAAAUAUACAUUCUCAAUGGGGAGCACAAAGAGUGAAUCAUACUUUGUCUUUAUGAACUAUGAUCAAGAAUAUGAACGACUUCGUUCUAAUCGAACUAAGAGUGGAGAAUAUGAGCUUGAUUUGUACAUUAGUAGAAAGCAUGAUGAGCUCUUAGCAAGCACUCUUGAGGCAGGAAGCUACAAAAAAACAACUUCUUUUGCUAUUGUUGAUGGGUUUAUAGUGGAAAUCACAGAGGAACAAGCCAAUGUGCUCAGAUCUGCAAAAGGAGUGAGAAUUGUGGACAAAUAUGAAGAAAUUGCUUAGUUCUUGAAUUCAAGAUCAUUGUGUUUUGAAGAGAAAAAUCAAAUGGCUUUGUUUAAUUGCCAACUUCUUAGCUGUUAAGGUUUAUAUUUUAAAUUUGUUGUUAAGGUAGAUUUGCGUCGAUCAAUGUGUGUUUUAUUUUAAAAUUAAAUUACCUGUUUUUGGUAGAAUGACAAA